AUGGGCGACUUGCGGGCAAUUCAUCAACUAUCGCGGAAGUCCAUGUCGACCAGUCACUGGGAAGGGACGUCUGGGUUGGGGGCCCAGCCCGCUGGAUUGGCCCUUCCCUGCUCGCUUAUCGACCAUGGAGGGAUUUCCGCCGCGGAAUUAGCCGGGGCGAUGGAUGUGGCCGGCGAGGGUGGCUCUGGCUCUCGUGCAACCGAGAGCAGAAUCAUGGCGGGCCGAGGAGCUGGCACGGUGGCUCGCCUUUGCUGCAAGAUCCCGCAGGCUACAGAUGACGACCACAGCUUUUCUUGCACCACCCCCUCAACCACCUUCAGCAUGCAAUUCACCGUUCUCGUCGCCGCCUUUGCCGUCUGCACUGGUGUCUUUGCCAGCCCUUACAGCCAGCACACGCAGGCGCAGGCUACCUCCCAGGCUGCUCAAUCCGGCCAAGCCGCCCAGACCUGGCCUUUUGGUUGGGGCUAUGGAGGUCUCGGCGCUUACGGUGGUUACGGCUGGCCUUACGGCCGUGGCUACGGUGUCUUCUACUGA